UGCAUCUGCUAGCUGCCACCAUCAAAAAACACAUCAUGGGAAAGACACAGCAGAGACAGAUGCGUACAAAGAGCCAACAUAAGCAACAGAUGCUUAAAAGAACUGGUGGGCCAGCAUCAAAACCGGCACCCGAACUCAUUCCAUCCAAUGCCGAGUUUGAUAUUGGUUCGUUUAUCGAGUCUCAAGCGAUUGAAAUGGAUGAUGACGUUGCACAGAUGAUGCAAGAUGAUAAUGUACCUAAUACACUUUCUGGUUCUGGUUCUGGUUCUGGAAAGAAACGAAAGCAGACUGCUCAAUUGGCUAGUGCAAAAAAGGCUUCUGUUAAAAAAAAUGACAUGACUGAAAAGUCGAGUAAUAAAGAUCGUACCGAGUCAGACGACAAACCAACCACUGAUGAUAUCAUGGAUGAUGACGAAACAGAGGAAACAAGGAUUGAAAUGAACUCGGAGGAUGAACGUGAGAUGGAGAUUUAUUUGGAAAUGAUGCAGCAUCAGAAACCUGAGCCUUCACCAUUGGAUGCUGAACCACUUGUUGAAAAGGUGUAUGCCAACAAAAAGGAAGCAUUAUUGGCUAGACUCGAUGAUAUUAAGCACGGUUCUUGUCUUUCAUGGCAUGAAACUCAAACCAUUACAUCCCAGACUGCAACAAGCGAUGAUGUUCCCGAUGUCAACAACGAUCUAGAACGAGAAUUGGCAAUUUACAAACAAUCUCUUGAAGCAGCCAAAGCAGCUCGCGAUCUUUGCAGUCAGUACAAGAUCCCCUUUUCUCGUCCUUCAGACUAUUUCGCCGAGAUGGUCAAAAGUGAUCAGCACAUGUAUCGUGUUCGCCAACGUCUAGUGGAAGAGGCGGAGGGUAUCAAGGCAUCUGAACGAGCAAAGAAGCAGCGUGAUUUGAAAAAGUUUGGAAAGAAGGUUCAGCACGAAAAGCAGAUGGAGCGUGAUGGCAUCAAAAAGAAUGCAUUGGAAAAGAUCAAAAUUGCCAAAAAAAGAGGCAUGUUGACCGACCUUGAUGAUGACAAGAAAGACCAUUCCACUAAACGCCAUUCUAGCGGUCAUCGUGCUGGAACUGACGCUGGUGCAGACAAUGAUUUUGGCAUUGAAAUUGAUCGACCUAGUAAACAUGAUGGCGAUAAAAACAGAGCAGGCAAGCGUGAUUUUAAAAACAAAAAGUUUGGGUUUGGUGGUCCCAAACGAAAUGCCAAGCGUAACAGUUCAGAGAGUCUAGAAGAUUUUAAUGAAUCUACGCUGCGCAAGAUGAAGCCUGGUAGCAAGAAGUUUUCUGGUGGUAAAAAAGGAGGCGUGUCCAAAAAAACUAGACCAGCAUCGUUCAAGGGUGGAAAAAAAUAACGCUAAUAUUGUAGUAAGCCUUUACUAGAUGUUGGAUUGGUCAUUAUACUCUUUCAUCUUAUUUUAAGAAACAGGCUUGAUGUUUUUUGAAAUAAAAUCCAUGGGCAUGCUGAAGAUUUACAGCCAUAUUCACGU